GUUUCUGCGACUCUUUCACCAGAGUUUGACGAAGCUGACAACUUCGUGACUAAGCACUCCUAAGUCAGCAGUUAAUUGGGACACUAGCGUCCAGUGAGGAUCCCUUACUGAGGCUUCUUGAGUGUUUUUCUGGGCUGCGGAUCCAGGCCAAGGCUGCCUGGCGUACAAGGCACUGCAGCUUUGAGAUGGGAGAAUUUUCUUUUUCUUUUUUCUUUUUUUGCUUGGAACGUUGGUGAGAAAGUGGUACCUUGAACUUGCAGAUGACAUCAGGAAAACGCAGGGCUCUGUGGCUCUGAUGUAGGUGUGCCUAGCAUGAAGCCUGAAGUCCUACUGUCUAACUCAGUGUCCUGCACAGCGUAGACAACCAGGGACCCUUUCCUUGGGCUCCGUAGCAUAGUUGGACUUUGAGUUUUUGUUGUCGGAAGAAGACAUUCUCACAGAAAAGUACUGAGCUCUUUGAAAGAAAAACGACGUGGAAGGCUUUUUUUUUUUUUUUAAUUAAAAUAUGAUGGUGACUAGAAAGGGGCGUAGAAGAUGGGCUGGCUGGUGUAAAACUGCUUGAUCAGUGCCCGCUGCUUUUCCGGACCCGGGCAUCUACCGUCAGUGGCGCAAACCCGCUUAAUUGGCUACCUGCCACGCCCAUGUGUCACUGAUAAGGAGGCACUUCUUGCGGCAGCACUUCAUGACCCAGCGACGUCCAGCCUAGUGAAGCCACUGUGGUGUCCAGCAUGGCCACGCUGCUUCUGGGCGCCGCGCUGCUGGUGGCGCAGCUGCAGCUAGUGCCUUCCCGCCCCGGGGCAGAGCCUCAGGGGCUUGUGCGGAAAGCAGCCACCCUCCAGGACGAGGCCCUGGAUGGGGUGGCCCCCAAUGGCUCAGCCCAGCAGCUGCCGCAGACAAUCAUCAUAGGGGUGCGCAAGGGAGGCACCCGCGCACUGUUGGAGAUGCUCAGCCUGCACCCCGACGUGGCAGCCGCCGAGAACGAGGUCCACUUCUUCGACUGGGAGGAGCACUACAGCCAAGGCCUGGGCUGGUACCUCAGCCAGAUGCCCCUCUCCACCCCGCACCAGCUCACCGUGGAAAAGACCCCCGCGUACUUCACGUCGCCCAAAGUGCCUGAGCGGGUCCACAGCAUGAAUCCGGCCAUUCGGCUGCUGCUCAUCCUGCGGGACCCGUCGGAGCGCGUGCUGUCGGACUACACGCAAGUGCUGUACAACCACGUGCAGAAGCGCAAGCCCUACCCGUCCAUCGAGGAGUUCCUGGUGCGCGACGGCCGGCUCAACGUGGACUACAAGGCGCUCAACCGCAGCCUCUACCACGUGCACAUGCGCAACUGGCUGCGCUUCUUCCCGCUGCGCCACAUCCACAUCGUGGACGGCGACCGCCUCAUCAGGGACCCUUUCCCCGAGAUCCAAAAGGUCGAGAGGUUUCUGAAGCUGUCGCCGCAGAUCAACGCCUCGAACUUCUACUUUAACAAAACCAAGGGCUUUUACUGCCUGCGGGACAGCGGCCGGGACCGCUGCUUACACGAGUCCAAAGGCCGGGCGCACCCUCAAGUGGACCCCAAACUCCUCAAUAAAUUGCACGAAUAUUUUCACGAGCCAAAUAAGAAAUUUUUUGAGCUUGUGGGCAGAACAUUUGACUGGCACUGAUUUGCGAUAAGCUAGGCUCGGAGCCUUUCCUACUGUAAGUUCGGGGGUACAUCUAGGGGGAAAAUAAUUUUAAAAGGGCAUUUAAGCUAUAAUUUAUUUGUAAAAUCCAUAAAUUACUUCUGUACAGUAUUAGAUUCACAAUUGCCAUAUAUACUAGUUAUAUUUUUCUACUUGUUAAAUUGAGGGCAUUUUGUAUUGUUUUUCAUGUUUGUUAACAUUGUGUAAUAUGUCUCUAUAUGAAGGAACUAAAAGAUUUCACUGCAAAAAGAAAAA